GAAAGCAGAAUAAUAAUGUCACGGUUCGUCUCCUGUGUGAAGUAAUAUCUUGUCUUCCUCUUCUCUUCCGAAAUCUAUCUAACUAGCCUUUGCGUUGGCACAAUGCUGGAAAUCGAGUGGAAAUCGUCCCAAUAUCACUCAGAUGGGAGAAAACGAAGUAGACCAAAGGCGUCAACUGUUCAUGGCUGGAUCGUGAAAUGGCGCGCCACGUUCUCAGGGAACGAGCGCCUUCGCCGGGAAGGCAUACGAGAAAUGCGUGAAGCUCAGAUGGUGCGAGAUUGGAAGCGACAACGGCGAGCUGCUCGCAAAGCGUCUAAGGGUCAUCGGAGCAUUGACAAGGGUUCGAGUAACUUGGGCAUUUUCUCACUGUUCUCGCGUAGUGAGAAGAAGCGUCCACGUCGACCAGCUGCCCACCCUCGGGGCUCACAUCAGUCUUCUAUGAAGACCGGAAGUGCCAGACGAGUAGCAACGGUGACGAAGAUGCCGGUUGCAACUAGGAGGGAGAGUGAGAAGAGGCCCGCUACCGGUAGCAGACGGCCAAGUGUCCAAAGUUCAAGGAAGCCCUCAUACAACUCUAGAAGGGAUGCAGUGAGGAAACCGAAGAAGUGAGGGAGUCAUUCCGCACAACGCGGACAGACGUCAUAUCUCCAUCCUAUUUCAUUCAUAACUUUAUUGUUUAGAGGGACUUUCUAACUUAUCGGAGGACUGUAUAACGUACUAGACGGACUGUAGAUAUAUCUCGUUUGUACUUGUAGCCGGAUGACCCAAGCCAGCCAGCCAGCUAUAAUGGACAGACUGGAAGUUCGGAAGCGAAUGGCUUCAUUGACUGCUAUAC